AUGACGCUGACGCUGCCGGCACGGUCCUGCGGCGCACCGGCAGUGCGCUCUCCACAGAUGGACCCACACGCUGCGGCCGUGGUCGCAGACUUUGCACGGCAGCGCUCCUUACACUUUGUCGUUGCCUUCACAUGCUGGCCAGACGGUGGUGUGUCAGCGAUGCACACCUGGGGGCGGCGCGGACUGCGCGCCUCUGUCCACGAACCCUGGGAUCUGCGCGUAGACCUGGGCAGGCUGCUGGACACCCGCCGCGGCGCCGUCGCCGUGUUCGCUGCCCUCUCCUGUCCUGGCGCACUCCACGUCUUCCGUAAGGCGGCGGACAGGCAGCUGCUGGGAGUGAUGCGCCACUGGCUGCUGCUGGGAGAUCUGGAGCCCCAGGAGAUUCCGCAGCUGGCGCUGGACUCCAGCGUGACGCUGCUGUCUGGAAAACGUGCCGCUUCCGCCAGCUGGCUGGUGCGCUACGCUUAUGGCUUGGGCGAGCGCCUCGUGGUUUCAGAGCCCGCUGCUUGGCAACAGGGAGAGCCCAUGCCAGCGCCGCCGUCGCGCAACAACCUGCAGGGACUCGCCAUCAAGGCUGGCAUCGUGAAACUGAACGACAAUUUCUCACAUUACGAUGACCCCAGUUAUCGCCAUCUGGAUACCUGGAGCAAGCUGUACUACGCCAUAUCCAAGGUAGCAGCUGCACGCCUCAACUACACGCACAACAUCGUAUUCGCGAACCAGUGGGGCAUGCGAGUGUCCCCUGGGGUGUUCAACGGUCAGGUUGGUCAACUGCAGAGAGGCGAGAUAGAGCUCGCCCUAGGAUUCGCUCUACGCAGGGACCGCAUCGACGUCAUCGACUACACGACGCCGCCUGGACGAUUUCAGCCGGCGUUCAUGUUCCGAGAGCCGUCGCUGGCGGCGGUGAGCAACGUGUACACGCGGCCCUUCUCGCGCGGCGUCUGGCUCAGCUACUCGCUCGCGGCGCUGCUACUCGCCCUGCUGGUGGUCGCCUCGCAGCGGCUGCUGGCCAGGGCGCAGGGGAUGCUCGACGACAACACGGACCCCGCCGUCGCGCCGCCCUGGACUGACGUGCCGCUCGUCGCCUUCAGCAUCGUCUGCGAGGAAGGCAUGCAGGACCCGCCGCAGAACGUGUCGUCGCGCAUCCUGCUCAUGUUCCUGCUGGUGCUGGCCGUCUUCCACGUGACGGCCUACUCUGCCUGCAUCGUGUCACUGCUGCAGCUGCCCAGCGGCUCCAUCAACGCCCUCGACUCACUCUUCGGCUCCAAGCUGCGUGUCGUCAUGCACGACCUGCCCUACAACUUCAACUACGGAAAUGAGACCAAGGACCCGCUUACCCGGUCGUUCUAUCAAGAGCGCGUGUACCCGCAGCCGUACCGCAAGGUGUUCAAGCCGCUGGAGGAGUGCGUGGCCAUGAUGCGGGAGGGCCGCUUCGCAUGCCAUGCCGACGAGGCGGCCUACAAGGUGAUAGGCGACACCUUCCUCGAAGCGGAGAAGUGCAGCCUCAAGUCAGUGCCCAUGUUCCCGCUCAGGGCCAUCAUCAUAGGCGUCCGGAAGCAGUCACCGUACAAGGAAAUACUCUCUGUCACGCUGACGUGGCUGCGAGAGACGGGAAUGACGCAGCGCGAGUGGACGCGCUGGGUGGCGCAGAAGCCGCGCUGCCUCAACCGCGACAGCGGCUACGCCGAGGUGGGCCUCACCGAGGUGUCGCCCGCGCUGCUCAUGCUGUGCUACGGCGUCGCCGCAUCCCUGGCGGCGCUGCUGCUAGAGCUGCUGCUGCACAGGCUGGUUGCCGCCAAGCAGGGGCACCAGAAGAGGCAGCAGAAGCCCGGCACCGACAACACGCUGGUGCCCAGGGCAUUCCUGCGUUGA